AUGUUGAAGGAACAGUUCUUGAAUGCUUUUGAUCAUCCAUCUCGCUGUCUCUUCAUGACGCUUAGAUUUCGAAGAUGGUUUUCCACUACUUUAGCGAGAUUGAUCAACUGUAAUUCGUGUGGUAUUAAGCUGCAAAAUGAGAAUCCUAAGACUAUUGGAUACUAUAUUAAACCCAAGAAACCUACUGUCAAUAAGUUGCAGUCGUUAGAAGAUGUGAAAUAUCUUUUGUUCAGUCAAGAUCUACAACAUGUUAAAGAACAGCAAGAUGUAGGAUCAUUAGAAGAAUUAAAUGAAACGAUGGAAUCACCUCUAAUAUGCAAACGAUGCAAUGAUGCUUUGCAUAGGAACCAGUACGAUCUUAAGGAAUUUGGAAGAUAUACCAUUACAGACGUACUUGAGAAAAUUCCUCGAGGUAGUAACAUCUUACACGUUGUACCUUUACCUGAAUUCCCAUUCCAUUUUGAAAAAUCGUUAUUGGAGGUUCCUCACUUCAAUACAUCUCUUUUACUUACCAAAGGUGAUCAGUUAGCGAAUGACAAGAAUACACUUCAAAGGAGAUCCCUCGUUUUUUUCAAGGACUUUUUGAAGUACCAAUUGGGCAUUAUCAGUAAUAAAACUGUAGCUGUCUCCGGUUUGAAGAACUGGAAUAUUCAAAGCGCAUACGCUGCAAUGAAUGCCAAUUCCUAUUUAGUGGGCGAUGCCAAUGUGGGUAAAUCUACACUAAUCAAUUCUGUAAUGCAAAGAUAUUUGGGGUAUAAGAUUCAUACUGAUCGUAAGGGCCAAAUAGUUACAAAUGAACCAAGUGUUAAAGAUUUGAAGAACAUUAAACAUUUCUUUAAGAAUCAAUUCGCAGGUGUUUCUCAUAUACCAAAUAUGACUAGAAAUCUUCAGGGAUACCGAGUAGGUGAUAAAUUUAUCUACGAUCUGCCGGGAUUCACUACUAAUAUAAACGGAGCGUAUUACGAAGAUAUAAUCCAAAAGGAUUGGCUCGAAAGGACAAGGAAGACUGAGAAGUUCAAUACCAAGAAACUUAAGAAGCAAAGAUAUAUUAGCGUGAAAGGUAAUGAGAAGGGCAAUUGUUAUACCGUGGGCGGGAUCUUUUUUUGGCAACCUCCUGCAGGUACUGUAAACCAAGUAGUGAGUUAUAUUCCUGGGGAAGGCCGUGAAUUUGCAGAUAUUAAUAGAGGUUUAGAAGUAUUUCGUGCUUGCCAAGACGAUGCACACCCCUUAGCUAAAUUCUGUGGUGUUCAUCCACAAAUUUGCCAGAGGGAGAACUACGUUAGACAUGUUAUACCGCCAUUUCAAGGUAGUAUUGAAGUAGUUCUCAAGGACAUAGGUUAUUUUACCAUUAAAACCACAGGUAGAUAUCAAUUUAAGGGCUUACACGAGUUCUGGGUCCCAAGAGGCAUAGAUGUACUUGUAAGAGAGCCACUCGAAUCGCUAAUCAGUGAGGGAUCCUGGCGGCACACAGAAUCAAAGGGAAGAGUACCGGCCUGCCCCAAGGACAGACCAAUAGUAAGUUCUACCUACAUCGUGGAUCCUGAGGAGUCUGAUUUAUUAGGCAAGAUGAAAGAGAUGUACUUGGAGAGAACUAGUAACGAUAUCUCGUCACGAAGAUUUCUAUAUGAUGAUCCUUUGGAAGUGGUAAGCAAGCUCCACGAAGAAAGACCAAAUCUGUACUGGUAUUACAGAUGGUAA